AUGGUCCCUGGGCCGUCUGCCCCCGGAUCUGUCGACCUGGACAUUGUUGUCCUGGAGACGCCGGGCUACACCCCCGUGCGCCGGGUCGGGGCCUCCCCGGGGUUCGUCCCGUGCUCGCUCAGCCCCCGCUCCGGCGGCGAUGGACCUUCUUCCCCGAUAUCUUUGGAUAGUGAUGAUGAGCUGGAUGACUUUGGGUACAAAGAGCCAUCGGGAAAUUUGAUUUUACCCUGUGCAGAGUCCAUGCAGGAAGAGGAGAGAAACGACAACACAGAAGAAGGAAAGACAACGCAGGAAAAGAGGAGACUAAUAAAAGAAGGGAAAGCGAAAAUGGUUGAAGAAAAGAAACGACAGCGGGAGGAAAAUAAGCUCAUGAAAGAAGCUAUUAAAGCUCAAAAGGCAGAGCAGAAGAAAUACGCAAAAGAAAAAGACGAGUGGGAAUCAGGAAAACAUGCUUUAAAAUCUAUUGUGGCUGAGAUCGACUCAACAAUCAUUGAAACUGGUUCAGUUGGAGGUACCCUUCUAACAAGGUUUGCGGAGAAGGGACUUAAGUAUCGAGUUCAGGCUAAUCCAAUCAGGGGAUCGAUUUUGUGGAAGAUGGAGGUUCCUCAAAUUGGCCAGGACCCAGCUUCAGUGGCAGAAGUGCAGUAUAUUCUAUUUGUGCUUCAAGCUGAGGAAUUCUGCGAUCUUAUCAGCAGUGGGUUCUUCUGGGAUCAUGUUCGCCUUGUUCAAGAUCGCUAUCCAACAUUCACUGUUUGCUACGUCACUAAUAAAUUGAUGAACUACAUAAAUAAAUGGUUGGUUUUAUGCAAAUUAGCAACACACCAUGUUAAAGUUCACUCAAGGCAAUGCGCAGAUGAAGCUGAAGUAGCCGAGCAUGUUGUUGGCUUGACAUCUAGUCUUGCAAAUUGCAAAUUCAGGAAACCACUGUCAUGGUUAUCUGUCCAUGCUAAUGGUGCAGUGAUCCCUAAAAAUUUCAUUGAUAAAGAUCUGGCUAAGAAAGAUACCUGGAUGAAGGCUCUAAUAGCUAUCCCUAAAGUCCAGCCAAGGUUUGCCCUGGCAAUCUGGAAGAAGUACAGUACCAUGAGAUCCCUUCUGAAAGUAUAUAUGGAUUCCACCAAAACUGUUCGCGAGAAGGAGCUUCUGCUGCAGGACCUGAUGUGCGAGGACCGCGUAGGCGAGGAAAGCCGAAGGCUGGGACCAGUAUGCUCUAGAAGGGUUUACAGGACUCUCAUGGCAGAAGAUGGAGCAGUGGAAGCGGAUGCUGCUGCCGAGUAA